CCUGCCACACCCCAACGCACUGUCUCUCCGGCCUGCAGUGUCCCCUUCAGAGCCUCGGAAAGGAGAGUCUUCCACGCAGUCGGCUAGCCGCGAAACGAUCUGGCCCGCCUCGCCGGUUCCGGUCGCCCCUCUCGAAGUCGGAUGCGCACUUGGACACGAGAGGCACGCGGGAGAAAGAGACACAACGUUUUGCGAUGGUGUCGACGGGGGGUUGACGGCAGGCGCGCCUCCACUGGCAGCUGGAAGGAGAAUGAAGUGGUCGGACAGACGGACACCAGAGUUCUUCGUUCCUUCCGUCGCGCUGAUCGCGGGGCUAUCGGCUACGAGACUAGACCCACUCCCACCGCCGCCCCCGGAAGGAAGCGGGCCCAUUUCGUCGUCCGAGAGAGAGCGAUGUCGGCGCGAGAAGAGCGAGAAACGUACGCCCAAUUGGCUUCCCUUGAAAAUGCAGGUGGGAAACAUGAAACGAGGCAGUCUGUGCCUCCAGUGGCUCUCUCCCCCAUCGGAAGCGACAACUCGCCCGCCGCGAGGUGGGUGUGCACGUUUUUCUCCCUCAAUGAGUGGAGAGCCGCCUCUGCAAUGAGAGUGGUGCCGCUGUGGGAGCACACCGGGGAGCCCCGCCGAAAAGCCGAAGACGGCCGUGACGACCGCCGAGACGGAGGGUGCGCCGGACACGACGAAACAGAAUCCGGAGAAGACGAGAGCCAGGGAGACAGGUACGGAGGUUCCGACCGCGUUGAAGACGGCGGCGGUGGAAGAGCAGAGUCAGACAAGGCUGGAAGAAGGGGGAGAGGGAGAGGUAGACUCUUCAGUGCGAAACUCGAGGCCGAAGGAACCUUUGGCGGGUCGACAGCAGAGCAGAAGGUCUGGUCAACAGAAGCACCUGCGGCUUUCGCCUCACACGCAGCGCGCAGACGCGAAGAACGCCGUCUAGACGCCGAAGAAAGAACUGCCCACGAAACACACGGAGAUCCUUGCAGUGCUGAAGCAGGACCGUCCAGGCCUGCGCCCCCAGGAGGGGCGGACACCCCGUUUCCCAUCAGAAUGCGCAGAUAACGCCCGCCAGCUUCCUGUGGGUAAGCGGAAAGAUUCAGAAAGACGGUGACCUGGGAGAAGCGAAAAAGCCGUAGGGCGGCCACCACCAGCCACAACACACUACAGCCGCCACAAGCCACACGCUGUGGAAGCCUCUAGUCAGCGCCCUGCAAACGCAGCAGCAAGGUGAAUCACAGAGCAAUGAAGACCGAAGAAGGUGUAAAAGGAAAUGCAAAGCUGGCAGGGCGCAGUACACAUGAAACGACCCGUCACUCGCCUCUGGACAAGACACGAACUUGAGAAGCACGCACCACACCAACAAACGCCAGAUACGAACACGUGCUACGGGUGCAGACAGAAGAUCCAGAGAAAAGGAAGUGACCCCAUAGUUUGCGGGUGAUCCUAUCGAGCAGCGCCCGGAGAGUCGCCGUAGCUCACGCGCGGAGGCAGACCGCAGCCGGCCUCAAGUGGGCAGCUCAGCUGUUUGUGACGAACAAAUGUAGCCGUCGAGGUUCAAACAGGUCAAAGAAGCGGGGAAUUCUCUUUGCACAGGCAUGCACGUUUUUACAUCGUCGCACCCCGGGCUCACGUGUGUUUGAGGAAACGAAGCUUCGGUGUCCGCGUCGGGUGUUACUUCCUCAGAGUCCCGCGCUGCAUGUGCUUACCAAAGCCGAGAAACACAAAAAGAGAAAUCUUCCAGACAGACGGAAAAAGCUCAAGCGACAAUUUUUUUUUCUGCCUAGGUCGGCAUCAUUCAGGCCAGGAAAAAUUUGUGGAGAGAAAAGCAAUUGGAAGAAGCUGAAGAGGUCAAUUCCGCCGCCCCAGUUGCAAGCUCGAAAGCCAAAAGUAGAUGUAGGGAAGUAGCCGAAAAAAAGCGAACAAUCCAGCGGAAUUUGGGAUGGCGACGAGGCAUCAGAGAGUUCAGCCGCCUGUCGAACGUCGAAAAGAUGGCCAUGUAAAGCGGGCUAGCUGUGGAAUGUAUCGGCGUUGAGGGGGGGAAGGAUACAGGAAAAGAAAAAACUGGCGCACUGAAACGGAAACAUGAAGACAGCGAAGAAGCGUGGCACUCGGCCAAGUCACAUUUCCGUACUGUGAUGUAAACGGGCCACAACUUGGAGUGGCGGCAAAAGGACGUGUCACAGCACUCCACCCCGAAACGUGCUUUGAGGGAAAAAUUAAAACCUCGCCGAAAAGCAUAUAUAUGUCACUGGACCAUGAAAAGUGAGGAAAAAUCAUUUUCCCUCCAACCGCCUCAGCGCAGUGGUCAUACCGCGAAAGGAAUGUCGCCUGCACGAUUCACAAUUUACGGUCAGUGCCCACGCCCUGCGGGGUCGUCAUAAAGUGUCAACAGAAAGAAGCUUGUGUCCAUUCUCUUCAGCGCUCCCCUUUUCAUACAGUUCUUCAUAACUAAUUGGAGUGUGAAGAAGAGGGCUGAAGGGUAUGGAAGGACAGUUUGGAGAGAGAAACACUGAAAAGGGACGGGCAUUCCACAGCUUCGCACUCAACCAAGAAAACGCAGGGGGGGAUGUGCGUGGUGACCAGAAAC